AUGAUGAACCUUAUGGACUCGGAGAAUCGGGUCGUGCUGAACGUGGGCGGCAUACGGCACGAGACGUACAAGGCGACGCUGAAGAAAAUUCCCGCCACCCGGCUUUCCCGGCUCACCGAGGCGCUCGCCAACUACGAUCCGAUCCUGAACGAGUACUUCUUCGAUCGGCAUCCGGGCGUGUUCGCCCAGGUGCUCAAUUACUAUCGCACCGGAAAACUGCACUAUCCAACCGACGUGUGCGGUCCGCUGUUUGAGGAGGAGCUAGAAUUUUGGGGCCUCGACUCGAACCAGGUCGAACCGUGCUGCUGGAUGACCUACACGCAGCAUCGUGAUACGCAGGAAACGCUGGCCGUGCUGGAGCGGCUCGAUCUCGACACGGAGAAGCCGACGGAGGAGGAACUAGCUAGGAAAUUCGGUUACGAGGACGAUUAUCUUAAGGGUACGGUUUCCUGGUGGCAGCACACGAAACCGCAAAUUUGGUCGCUGUUCGAUGAACCGUACAGCUCCAACGCUGCCAAGAUUAUCGGUGUGAUAUCGGUGUUCUUCAUCUGCGUGUCCAUCCUGUCCUUCUGCCUGAAGACGCACCCGGACAUGCGUGUGCCGUACAUCCGGAACAUCUCGGUGAAGACGGCCCACCAGAACACGUCCUGGGUGCUGGACAAGACGCAAACGAACGCUCACGUGGCGUUCUUCUACAUCGAGUGUGUCUGCAACGCGUGGUUUACGUUCGAAAUUUUGGUACGCUUCAUUUCGUCCCCCAACAAGUGCGAGUUCGUGACAUCAUCUGUAAAUAUCAUCGACUACAUCGCGACGCUCAGCUUCUACGUGGAUCUGGUGCUGCAGCGGUUCGCGUCGCACCUCGAGAACGCCGACAUCCUCGAGUUCUUCUCCAUCAUCCGCAUCAUGCGGCUGUUCAAGCUGACGCGCCACUCGUCCGGCCUGAAGAUCCUGAUACAGACGUUUCGCGCCUCGGCCAAGGAGCUGACGCUGCUGGUGUUUUUCCUCGUGCUCGGCAUCGUGAUAUUCGCCAGCCUGGUGUACUAUGCCGAGCGGAUACAGGCGAACCCGCACAACGACUUCAACAGUAUCCCGCUGGGGCUGUGGUGGGCGUUGGUCACGAUGACCACCGUCGGGUAUGGCGAUAUGGCGCCGAAGACCUACAUCGGGAUGUUCGUCGGAGCGCUCUGUGCGCUGGCCGGUGUGCUGACGAUCGCCCUACCCGUGCCGGUCAUCGUGAGUAACUUCGCGAUGUACUACUCGCACACGCAGGCCCGAGCGAAGUUGCCAAAGAAACGUCGAAGGGUCCUGCCGGUGGAACAGCCUCGACAGCCUCGUUCUGCAGGUCAAGGCGGUGGCAUCGGUAUGCCCGGUUCCGGGCCGAUGGCGCGCCGCAUGAACCAGGUGAAGACGAAGGAUCUGGGCCCGAAGAUAGGUCCGAUCGGUGCCAGCAUUGUGGCGAUGUGCCCGAAAAACGUUGGCCUGCACACCAACCCGGCCCUCGCCAUGUGCAAGCCCACGUUCGAGAUGCGCCCCCCGACGGCCCCGCCCGUGCCGGCGAUGCUCGUACCGCGCGAUUCCGGCUACAAACCGAUCGUCCCGGCCCUACCAACACCGACCGCCGGAAGCACCACCACCACCACCGGAACCGUGCCCCACGCUGCUAGCGGCAACGCCACCAACAACAACAGCUCCGCGGUUACCAACAACAACACCAGCAAGAGUAGCCUACUUCUCCUCAACAACAACAGCAACAGCAGCAGCGGCAAGCUGCUUAGCAACAGCAACAGCCAGCACAGCAUCGUUCGAAGUGCAAGCGCCCAGCUCGGCCCGAACGCCGUCGUCAAGAGCAACGGCACCGCCAAGGAGGCGUCGGAGGAGAAAAGUUUUCUCUGAGCGUUUUCCACCCUCGUGCACGCCACGGUGGGUGUAGGGUGAAGCUUAAGCGAGUGUGUGUGUGUGUGUGUAUAUGCAUACUAUUCGCGCGUGCAAACUACACUGUAAAUAUCGUCGAUAAAGUUUAAUAAUAAAUUACCACCAAGUGGUCGCGUCGAGAGCCAAGUAAAUUUUCACUUUUCCUCAA